UAAAAAAUCCAAUACAUCCUGUCCAUCGAAAGACUACUGUUGCUUCAUUGAAUAUUUUUAUAGAGUUUCCUGAGAAGCAAUGGUUCCGUAACAUUAAGGAACAUCCAUAUUAGGAUGUGUGCACAGUUCUUUCAUAAAGGUAUAUCUCGACUACAAACAGAGGAGCUAUUACUUGCAGCGAAGGAUGAUGGGAGUUUUUUGGUGCGGGACAGUGAGUCCCUACCGGGGGCAUAUGUCCUAUGUUUACUAUAUCAGUCGAGAGUUCAUCAAUACAGAAUUUUACCUGAUAAAGAUGGUAAACUAUCAGUUCAGUCUGAAGGCGACGUACAGCCAUUAAAAUUUAACACAUUGGCUGACUUAAUUCAAGCGUAUUUAUUACGAGACAGUUCGAAUGGGUUGGUUUACGCCCUCAAAAAACCUGUACCCACCACAGAUGGUGUGGAAAAUACAGACAUGGAUGAUUCAGAGGAUGAAGAAUGUUUUCUGGACACGAGUCUGGAUGAACAUUUUGCAGCUCUUGAUGCAGAAGCUGAGACAGAUAGUCAAACAAACAAACAUUUUAAAUAUGGUUUCCUGAGUAAUUUUGCCCGAUUGGAUUUAUCAUGCUGUGAUGGGGAGUUUGUGGAAGAAUUAAAGCGGUAUACUGAUACAGGAAUGGAGAAGGAUGCCAUUAAUAUCAGGUCAAAACCAGGAAGGAUGCCAGACUUUGAAAAAUUAGUGCAUUCAGCCGCCAAAGGCCUUCAAAGGGAACUGGAUGUAUUUUUAUUAAAGAUGUCGUUAUGUCAUGAUUUAUUGACGCAGAAUGAAGACGAUGGACCAAGACGAACUGUGAUAAAUGGUGCUGAUGAUGCGUCUACCUCAAUCUUUGACUAUUUGUCCAGAAAAUUAUCAACCUGUAAAACAGAAGUUUUGAACUUAGAAAAAAAGGCUUUGGAAGUGAUAAAGGAUAUACCACAAGAUACUGGUAAUGGAUUUGAUCAUGCAUCAAGUUCGACCAGCCCAGAUGGAACACUUGGUUUAUCACCAUCCAAUAAAAAAUCCAGUCUCAUUCCAUUGUCUACUUUUGAUGUGAAAGUAUCAAAAUCUGGUAAAUUUUCCUCCAAGAUUGCAUUAACAAUAGACAUCCGAGCAGGCCGAUUUUUUGCUGUGAAACCGUCCAAAGAUUUCCUUGAUUCCAGUAACACCUUUAACCAUGAUAAAAUUUUACAGCUAGUAAAGAAUACGUCUGAUAGUAGUAAAUUAGACGUUAUCAUCGAAGGCAAGAAAAAAUACACAUAUCAGUUUGAGAGUGCGCAUGCCCGGGAGAACUUCUGUCUACAGAUUCGACAAAUGAAGAGCAUGCAUUCCACGGAGAAAGAAGUCGACCAAGUUUCAAUAUUUAUUGGUACAUGGAAUAUGGCUAAAUCUGGUCCGAGUAAUUCUCUGAAACAAUGGUUGAAAUGUAAUGGUGCUGGUAAACCUUUAGAUAGAGUAUUAUCUAAGAUUCCUCAUGGUAUAUACGUUAUUGGUACCCAAGAGAGUGGUCUCAAUGAUAAAGAUUGGACCAAUACAUUAAAAGCAAGUCUAAAAGCUACGCUUAAGGCUGAUGUUGAUGUGUUAGAGACGUGUACAUUAUGGGGUAUAAGAAUGGUGAUAUUGAUAGAUCCCCAGUAUAGAAAUAUAAUCAGUCACAUACAGAAAUCUACAGUUAGAACCGGUAUAGCCAAUAAACUAGGUAAUAAAGGAGCUGUAGGAAUAUCAUUCCAGAUAAAUGGAACACCAUUUUCUUUUGUUAACGCACACUUAACGUCUGGUGAAGAGAGAUGUUCACGGAGAAAUCAGAAUUUCCGUGAUAUAUUGAAAGGUUUAAAUCUUGGACCAAAGAACAUGGAUUCGUUUGACAUAACGCAUAAAUUUCAUCAUGUAUUUUUCUUUGGGGAUUUAAACUAUAGAGUGUCUGAUAACAUAGAUGUUAUAUUAAAAAAAGCAGAGAAUCGUGAUAUUGCCUAUCUGUUAGAAAAAGAUCAACUACGUAAAGUUCAGUUUGAUAAAAAGGCCUUCUAUACAUUCAAUGAAUCUGAGAUAAGUUUUAUGCCUACAUAUAAACUUGACAGAUAUCGACCUGGUUAUAGUUAUGACUGGAAGAAAAUAAAGAAAACUAGCGAGCGUAUCAACGCCCCAUCUUGGUGUGAUAGAAUAUUAUGGCAUUCCCUCCCUGGUACUUUCAUAGAAAAUACUGCUUAUGGUUGUGCAGAGAAUCUAUUAAACAGUGACCAUCGUCCAGUGUUUGCGUCAUUUACAGUUGGUGUAGCCUCACAGUUUGUACAGAGUAGAGUUUCACUUACGGAUGAAGUAUCAUGUAAAAUAAGAUUUAAUAGGAUUGAAGCUCAGGUGAAGACGUGCUGUAAACAGUAUUUUAUUUUAGAAUUUUACUCAGGUUGUCUGGCAGAUAUAAUAUGUUGUGAAUCUAAUAAAAAUUUUAAAGAGGAUAGGACUGGCUUUAAUACAUGUCCUACAUGGUCUAGUGACCAGUUACCUGAGCUGCGACCGUUAUUUAGUGAUCAGGAUUAUCUAGAAGAACAACAUAUAUUAAUAGCUGUUAAAAGUAUUGGUGCUGAUAGUGAAUCUUAUGGAGAGUGUGUUAUAUCGUUAAAGAACAUGUUUGAUAAUGAACCACAUCCGUUUGAUUCUGUUUUAACACAUAAUGGUGAAGAAACAGGAAGAAUGAGAGGUGAAAUGUUCAUUGCUGUAGCUGCUUCAUACAAAUCUCAUAAAUCUAAGAAAUCUUAUGAACUUGUUUCUUUGGAUACAGAAUAUCAUGAUCCUGAAGAAUGGCUACCUAAUGCACCAUUUUUUGAGAGACGGCAAGAAGCGUCUCUUAAAGUCGUUUCAAAUCGUACAUUUUCCCCUAUGGCAACAUCUCGAAAAAAUGUUGUAAGUGCCGACGAAGUAUUAGUCAACAAUAUAUUAUCAAACAGUGGAAGUGAUAGCGAUUCUCAUUGGUCCAAUAAUGGAGCAAUGGCUAAAUCAUCCAAUGGAGUGACUGGUUCUAAUAGCCCUGUGUCAAUGUCAAGACGGCCAAAACCCAUUAUGGGUCAAUCUAGUUUGCAGGCUGCACAAAGACAAGUAAUGCCAGUUGUAGCCACAACGGUGAAUCCUGGAGUUUUAAAAUCAACGGAACCUAUUUUAUUGGGUGGUGUAUUAACAACGACAAGUCCUGCUGGAGCGGUACCAAGUUACAUUAACUGUCCUACUGGGAUACCUCCACCACUUCCACGUAAAACAAAACCUUCCAUAAUUGAUAAAUUAGAGAAGAAACCAGCGUAUGCUGAAUUAAUGAAACCUAAAACCACAUACGAGUGGCUGUGUGGUUUGGGACUGGAAGAAUAUUUCAAAGCAUUCCAAAAGAAAGGCUGGGAAACAGUGUCUAAAGUUAUAGACUUGACCACUACAGAUCUUCUAAAACUAGGAAUAUAUAACACGGAUCAUUGGAAUAGAAUCUUACAAAGUAUACAAGAAAUGAAAAACAAAGUAGUUUAGUACUGGUAUCUAUAUUCUCAGAUUUCAAUAUAAAGAUAUGAGAUUGGAAUAAUAUUUCUCAUAAGGCCAAUAGGGGGAUGGAUAUAAAAUUGAAACAUAUGUUAUUCCAGAAAUGACUCUCUCUCUCUCUCAUUAAAGUUUUAUUUAUUCAGGGUGUUGAUAAAUAGAUAGCUAGUCAACAUUCAUGAUUGAUAUUUCUAUUAAAAUUUCAAAACUUAAAAAUUUUAAACUAAAAGAUUUUGAGAGGAGCAACCACGCACCUUUUGUUAUUCGUUUAGUUUAUAUAUUCCCCCAAAGAAACAGGCGGCACAAUUUUUAAUAGGUAUUCUUGAAGUCAAAUUUGUUUCCAUGGAAACACAAAAUGUAUUAAAUCUUAGAAGUUUAUAAUCAGCAAAAGUCACAGGUAUUAUAAUAGGUAAAUGUAUGUACAAAGCUUCAUAAUGAUAUAUUGAACAGUUUAAAAGAUAUACUCAGCAAACAGAACCAGAACAUGUCAAUAUCCAUAUAUUAUAGUAGGUUGAUCUAUGUACAACAUUUCAUAAUAAUAUUAUUGAAACAGUUUAUAAGAUAUACUCUGCAAACAAACCCAGAACAUGUCAAUAUCCAUAUAGUAGGUUGAUCUGUGUACAAAGCUUCAUAAUAAUAUAUUGAACAGUUUAUAAGAUAUACUCUGCAAACAGAACCAGAACAUGUAUUAUAGUAGGUUGGUCUAUGUACAAAAUUUCAUAAUAAUAUAUUGAAACAGUUUAUAAGAUAUACAUGUAUUCCGCAAACAAAACUGGGACAUGUCGACAUCCAUACUCUUAAGUCUAGCUUAUGCCCUACCACAAGACAAAACUGACAGUGGCUCGAAAUCGGCGACUGGUUUACGAUCACGUAGAACUGAUCAGUCGUGACUACCUGGGCAACCUGAGCGCUCUUACGACUCGUGUAAGUCGAACGGCACCCAGUCCUCGUCCAGUCGCCUCCAGUUACUCGGAGUCGCACAUGUUCUACUCCGACGACUGGAGACAACUAGUUGUCCUAGUCGCAAGCGCAAGCGCUACGACAGCCUUGGGUCCUCGCCUUGCUGAGGUAGCCAAUACGUUUCGGUUAUUUAGUCAUGUGGUACCCAGGGGUUGGUAACAAACAUGGCGGACAAGUGGAAUGAGGCCAUUUUGAGGGUUAUCACGUGGCGGUCAUGUGAUCAGUUAUGGCUCGGAUUCUGCAACUGACACCAGGCGACAUGAGUGCGCUUAGGACUAUGGUUGCGUCCAGUCAUGGAUAAAUUUAGUUGUAGCGACAUAAGCUCUCAGUUGCUAUUAGUCACCAUCAGUUUUAUCGCGUCGUAGGAUGACAUAAGCUAAGCUUAACUUCUUUCACCAUUUGAUUUAUUUAAUAUAUGACUAAAUCUAAAUCAUUGCCGUACAUAAUAUGAUAUUUGGAUCCAAAACGAACCCUGAACUGAUGCCAUCCUUACCAUUAAAGUAUUCAUGUUAAAAAAUCUUCAGAUUAUUUUUGAAAUAUUUUUUUUUUUUUAAAUAUUUGUAGCAAUAUUAAACUAUGGUUGUGCAUUUUCCUGUGGCUCAAUAACUCGCAUUGAAAUUAUAUAUUUUAAUAUAUGUAUAUAGUCUCAAAAUUACCUUUGAAUUUCUAAGUACCAAAUAUUUAUUCAUUGUUUUUCAACCCAACAGCCCAUUUAUUACCCUAUCGACCUGGUUUGGCCCACAUGCUGAUAUGGCCAAUCUGCCCCUCCUUCUAUGAAGUUGUAUGUUUACUUUUUUUUGUCUUUUGCAAGAUGGAAAAAUUUAUGCCUGAAAAUGGACAUUGUCAUCAUAUAACAACAUUUAUUUUCGACAUAUGAAAGAUCUAGUAAUUAAGAUAUAAAAUUAGAAUUCUGUCUACUGGACCUUUAACAUUUGAAUGAAAGAGGUUUGGUUUUUUAAAUAGUUUGUUGUUUAAUAUUUGUAAAAAUAUUGCUGUUGUUAAGAAUUUGUAAAUAGAUUUGUUUGGUUUGACUUUAUGCAUAGUGGAGAAUUGUAUAUAUUAUAUAUAUAUAUUUACUGUAAUCAGUUUGGUUUAUAGACGUAUCUUUCAGUUCAUCUUGGCUUAGCUCUGUUUUUCACAUAUCAUUGUAUAAAAACAAAACUAGACUUUUUAUAAACUAUAACACAUACUUAUGGAAAAACAGCUACUUAUUUAUUUGGGCGACGUUUCGAAGAGUAUUCUCUCAACGUUAUCAAGCUAAAUAAGUAGCUGUUUUUCCAUAAGUAUGUUUUAUAGUUUAUUGUUCUAUCCAGUUACUAAAUGCCUCUCAAAGAUUAGACUUUUUAUGUUGCACUAACACAACCAUUGAACCCUUGAGAACAGACCAACACAUAAUCACACUAAGCACCUCAUGAUCUACUUAUGAACAAGAGACAAGUCGUUUGGCCGAAUCAAUCUACGUCGAAAUUCGCUUAGUCUGUCCACUGUCUUUCAAUCUGGCCGAAUCAAACAUGUUUGAUAUAUUCGGCCGAAUUAUAUUCGACUAGUGUGUCCGCUUCGCCGAAGCAUUUACCCGAUUGAAAAAUUCAUUAGCCAAUCACCACUCAUCAUCCGCUCAUAUUUAGAAGUCACGUGAUCGUUUGAAGACAUA